AACUGAACAUCAGAAACCACGGGAGCGGUGUGAGAGAGAGAGAGAGCGAGAGCGAGCGAGAGAGAGAGAGGGGGGCUCUGGCCGUGACCGGGCGAAAGAUUUUUACUGAGAACAUAUUUGAGAUGCGACUUCUCGUUAAAUCUAGGCGUUAGGAUUAAAUAUUAGCUUCAUAUAUGAUAACGUCGAUGUAAAGCGCGAGCAUCAUUGUCACUUUAAACUUCUAAAUUAGUGCGAAUUCAAAUAAGACUCGGGUUUGAAUGGAUAGCUUUUUUCUCCGCUCCCCCCCAGAAGAGGGACAAUCGGAGGAGCAGAUGGACUGGAAAUAUUGCAGGGAAAGUUGUAUCUAAACAUUUAUUGGAAUCGCAUGAGCCGCAGAACCUCUUCUUUACUACAAACACUUUUGCUAGCUAAGGCUAACUAGCACCAGCUAGCGAUAAACAGGGUAUUUGUUUUCCCUGGCUGCAGGUUGUUGUAAGUUGAAUUUCCCUCACUUAACCGCCUGCCAUACCGUGUGGAAAGCCGGUUUUAGUACAUCGGGCCUCCCUUAUUUUGGAGCCCAAGUCAUCGACUACCGUUAGUGUUAGCAACCCACCAAAGCGCCGAGAUUGGGCGAAUAGCGAGCAAAUACGUCCGCGUUUCUCUGCCUGCUCCCCCACCGGCCUCCCUUCCUCAAUCCCCGGCGCCGACAGCAGAAAGGGCCGAGGUCGUGUUAGUGCAGGCCCAGCCGCAAAGGCUCGACCUGUAUACACCACCUCCGCAUCCUCCAGCUCCCCACCACCAGCUCCCCCGGACCCCUGUCCCUACGGAACCGACGCCAGACAAGGUCGAGGGCCACAAAGACGACAAGCGUAAUCAUAUCGCCACCAUCGCAAACAUGAACCACCAUCACACUCAGCAACAGCAGCAGAAAGCCGGCGAGCAGCAGCUCAGCGAGCCCGAGGAUAUGGAGAUGGAAGCUGGUGACACAGACGAUCCCCCAAGAAUCCCCCCCAAUCCUGUCAUCAAUGGUAAUGUGGCGAUGGCAGAUGGGCAUAACAACACAGAGGAAGACAUGGAAGAUGAUACAAGCUGGCGUUCAGAGGCGACCUUCCGCUUUGUGGUGGAGCGUUUUAGCAGACUGAGUGAGUCUGUGCUCAGCCCGUCGUGUUUCGUGAGGAACCUCCCCUGGAAGAUAAUGGUUAUGCCCCGCUUCUACCCGGACCGGCCCCACCAGAAGAGUGUGGGUUUCUUCCUGCAGUGCAAUGCAGAGUCCGACUCCACGUCAUGGUCCUGUCAUGCUCAAGCCAUGCUGAAAAUCAUCAACUACAAAGACGAGGAGAAGGCAUUCAGCCGCCGCAUCAGUCACCUGUUCUUCCACAAGGAAAAUGACUGGGGUUUCUCCAACUUCAUGUCAUGGAGUGAUGUGACUGAUCCGGAGAGGGGCUUCGUGGAGGACGAUAAGGUCACGUUUGAGGUUUAUGUUCAGGCUGAUGCCCCUCAUGGUGUGGCCUGGGAUUCGAAGAAGCAUACUGGUUAUGUAGGCUUAAAGAACCAAGGCGCUACAUGCUAUAUGAACAGCCUUCUACAAACACUCUUCUUUACCAACCAGCUGCGGCGGGCAGUGUACAUGAUGCCUACAGAGGGCGAUGACUCUUCCAAAAGUGUUCCCCUCGCUCUGCAGCGAGUCUUCUACGAACUCCAGCACAGUGAUAAGCCUGUUGGCACAAAGAAGUUGACCAAGUCUUUUGGGUGGGAGACUCUUGAUAGCUUCAUGCAACAUGACGUGCAAGAGCUGUGCAGAGUGCUGCUAGACAACGUUGAGAACAAGAUGAAGGGAACUUGCGUAGAAGGCACGAUCCCGAAGCUCUUCAGGGGAAAGAUGGUGUCCUACAUCCAGUGUAAGCAUGUGGAUUAUAGGUCUGAACGAAUAGAGGAUUACUACGACAUCCAGCUCAGCAUAAAAGGAAAGAAAAACAUCUUUGAGUCGUUCAAAGAUUACGUGGCCGUGGAGCAGCUGGAUGGGGACAACAAGUAUGAUGCGGGGGAGCAUGGCCUACAGGAAGCUGAGAAGGGUGUGAAGUUCCUGACCUUCCCACCCAUCCUGCACUUACAGCUCAUGAGGUUCAUGUACGACCCACAGACUGACCAAAACAUAAAGAUCAACGACAGGUUCGAGUUCCCCGAGCAGUUACCUCUGGAUGAGUUCCUGCAGAAGCCAGACGUGAAGGACCCGGCCAACUACAUCCUGCACGCGGUGCUGGUGCACAGCGGAGACAACCACGGAGGCCACUAUGUCGUCUAUCUAAACCCCAAAGGAGACGGCAAAGUGAGUGUCACGGAGCCAAUAUGGUGCAAAUUUGAUGAUGACGUAGUUUCCCGAUGCACUAAAGAGGAGGCCAUUGAGCAUAACUACGGUGGCCAUGAUGACGACCUGUCUGUACGCCACUGCACUAAUGCGUACAUGCUGGUGUACAUCCGCGAGUCCAAGCUCAGUGAGGUACUGCAGCCGGUCACAGACAUGGACAUUCCCCAUCAGCUGGUGGAGCGGCUGCAGGAGGAGAAGAGGGUGGAGGCACAGAAACGGAAGGAACGGCAGGAGGCUCACCUUUACAUGCAAGUGCAGAUGGUGACGGAGGACCAGUUCUGUGGGCACCAGGGCAAUGACAUGUAUGAUGAGGAGAAAGUGAAGUACACAGUAUUCAAGGUUCUGAAGAGCUCCACCCUGGCCGAAUUUGUUCAGAACCUCUCGCAGACCAUGGGCUUCCCACAGGACCAGAUGCGCCUGUGGCCCAUGCAGGCGCGGAGUAACGGCACCAAGCGUCCGGCCAUGCUGGACUACGAAGCCGAUUGCAACAAGUCCAUGAUCGACUUAAGUGACAACGAGAAUCCAUGGACAAUAUUUCUGGAAACGGUAGAUCCAGAAAUGGCCGCCAGCGGUGCAACAUUACCCAAGUUCGACAAAGACCAUGAUGUUAUGUUGUUCUUGAAGAUGUAUGACCCAAAAACCAGAAGCUUAAAUUAUUGUGGACAUAUCUACACCCCUAUAUCCUGCAAAAUACGAGACCUGCUUCCCAUCAUGUGUGAAAGAGCAGGGUUUCAGCAGGGAACUAGUCUUAUCCUCUAUGAGGAAGUUAAACCGAAUUUAACGGAGCGGAUACAGGACUAUGAUGUCUCUCUGGACAAAGCUCUGGACGAGCUAAUGGAUGGAGACAUAAUAGUGUUCCAGAAGGACGACUCGGAGAAUGAUGCAAGCGAGCUGCCAACUGCAAAGGACUACUUCAGAGACCUGUACCACCGCGUGGACGUCAUCUUCUGUGACAAAACCAUCCACAACGACCCGGGUUUCGUUGUGACGCUUUCGAACAGAAUGAACUACUUCCAGGUGGCAAAGACUGUUGCACAGAGGUUAAACACUGACCCCAUGCUCUUGCAGUUCUUCAAGUCCCAGGGGUACAGAGAUGGCCCAGGCAACCCGCUCAGGCACAACUACGAGGGCACUCUGCGAGACCUGCUGCAGUUCUUUAAGCCCCGACAGCCCAAGAAGCUCUACUACCAGCAGCUCAAGAUGAAGAUCACCGACUUUGAGAACAGGAGGAGCUUCAAGUCAAUAUGGCUCAACAGCCAGUUUCGGGAGGAGGAGAUCACACUAUACCCAGACAAGCACGGCUGUGUUCGAGACCUCCUGGAGGAAUGUCAAAAGGCCGUGGAGCUCUCCGACAAAGGCUCAGAGAAGCUCAGGCUCUUAGAAAUUGUAAGCUACAAAAUUAUCGGGGUUCACCAAGAGGAUGAGUUGCUAGAAUGUUUAUCUCCUGCAGCCAGUCGAACAUUCAGAAUAGAGGAAAUCCCCCUUGACCAGGUCGACCUGGAUAAGGAAAAUGAGAUGCUGAUUCCAGUUGCACAUUUCCACAAGGAGGUCUUCGGGACUUUUGGAAUUCCGUUCUUGCUAAAGAUCCGCCAGGCGGAGCCCUUCAGAGAGGUGAUGAGGAGGAUCCAGAGCAUGCUGGACAUCCAGGAGAAGGAGUUUGAGAAGUUCAAAUUUGCAAUUGUGAUGAUGGGCCGGCAUCAGUACAUCAAUGAAGAUGACUACGAAGUGAAUCUGAAGGACUUUGAGCCACAGCCAGGGAACAUGUCCCACCCGAGACCUUGGUUAGGUCUUGACCACUUCAACAAGGCUCCAAAGAGAGGACGCUACACAUACCUGGAAAAGGCGAUCAAGAUCCACAACUGACGAGCACUCCCUCUUAACCGACCAUACUAAAGACUUUAACCAAACGUCUUGUGUGCACCACUCUUGCCACCUGUUGUCUGGGUACACAGGCCCCAUGUAUGAAAUCUUCAGCAAAGCGGAGUGUUCGCUCAUGUUUUUCCCUUUUGAAGCUCUUCGAUUUGGCUUCUCUGUUGACUGCCUGUUUUGUCUGGAAGAAUGAAUUGGAUUUUAUUAAAUGGGGGUUACAGUACGACCUUCUAGACAGUGGGGUUUUUUUGUUUGUUUUGUUUUUUUUUCUUUUAAUUUUGUUUUUAAAAGAAUUGUUACAGCAAGAAAGCUGCUGCAUAGUGAGGGGGACAGAUGGAAGUUGUUCUGCCAUUUGCAAAUAAAUUAAAGGAUUUCCAUCCUUUCAACAAAACCCCCACAGAUGGCUAAAGCUUGCUAGUUGCCCUGAAGUGGUUGCGUUUUCUUGUCCCUUAGUGCAACUAGGCAAUUUUCAUGUUUACACAAUUCUUUCUCACCUAGUUUGGUCGGAGGAAUUCAGUUUCUCUUUUUUUCUGGAAAUCUUGUAUAAUAAAGCUCCACGGCAUAUGUUUUAAAAAGAAACGAGAAAAGAAAUAGUUUGUCUGUACUUCAUCUUGCACGUCAGCACUUAAUAGCAAAGGUUUUACAUUUCUCAGCACUGUUAAAUGUAAUCUUUGGUUGGGCCUCCCCCUGCAUCCUCUCUCCCUCCGCACUCCUUCGGGCUCAUCUGGCACUUUGCUGUAGUAUCAUUCUGGUGGGAGGGGAGUGGAAGGCGCUCCAGAUUGGCUGUAAUGUGCAUUAGCAGGAAGCUGCAGACAUUUGGUAGACUGGUUCAGGACAUGGUGAAACCAGCAUUAAAUGAACCAACAACACAUUUCUUUUCUCUUUUUUUUUUUCUUUCUUUUUUGUAAGCACAGGAGGAGUACCCCUAGUGCAUAGUUGGCUUUGUAAAGACAACAUUUAAAAUUGUAUAUUUAAAGAAUGGACAUGUAAAAUUAAAGACACUUUGUUGGGUACAGAUCAGAUGUUCAUAUUCAUUGUGUGUAGUUUUAUUUUGGACACUGACUUUAAGUUUUAUUUUGGUCUUUAUUUCUUCCUUAACUACUUGCAACAGUUUGUCUUGUUUAAGUCCAGUACAAAAUGACCUGCCGAUCACCUUUUUGAUUUUUUUUUUUUUUUUCCCGGUCUAAUUCCUCCGUGUAGCAGCAGUGUACGACAACUAUUCCUGUAUAUUGCCUUUUUGCUGAAAAUGUAUGUUGAAUAAAAUUUUCUAUAAAAGCUA